AUGAGGGCGGGCGUUUGUGUAUCCAUGGAUUCUGGCGACACAGUCUGUUUGUUUUAGUUGAAUCAGUAAAAAUGAAAAAUUGUCCUCGAAAAUUGCUUCUUGCAAAAGUUAAUUGCCGUGAUAAAAGUGAAGGGCUGUCAUUUCCAUUUUGUAUUAGGUAAUUUCUUAGUUUAAUUUUUGGAGCGGUUGAGAAAUGUGUCUGUUACUCGGAGCCACUGGUGUAGGAAAGACGCUACUGCUAAAAAGACUGCAAAGAAUCAAUCAAAAGGACAGCCACGCAGAGCUUGGCGAGCCACCUGCCACCUUACCUACAGUAGGUACCAAUCUGACAGAUAUCACAGUCCACAAGAAGAGGAUCACUGUGCGAGAGCUGGGAGGCUGUAUGGGGCCAAUAUGGCCCAGCUACUAUGGAGACUGCUCUUCUGUUAUUUUCAUGGUAGAUGCUGCCAACACCACCCAGGUCUCCUCCUCAUGCAUUCAGCUUCUCUCUGUCCUCUCGGCAGAAGCAUUGGAAACCACCUCCGUCUUGAUACUCUUCAAUAAAGUUGACAUCCCGUGCCCCAUGUCCCUUGUGGAAAUGAAGUCCUUGUUCAGACUCGAUGACAUAAUCUCCUGCGCUACGCAGCCUGUCACAGUGCUGGAAGUAAGUGCACGCAGUGGUCAGGGCCUUCUGGACGUUCUGAAGUGGCUGCACUCCAUACAGAAGGAAUAACCUGAACUCAAAUUGACUGUUAUAAUGCAUUGAAACGGCUGCUAGUGCACAUAGACCAGCAACAGCAAUUGAAGACAUGGAAAAGACUCCAGAGACCAAGUCAGAACAAUACAGAACAGUGGUUUCCAUCCUUUACCAAGGCUGGACCAAUGUCUCCUUGGGAUCAAGUGGUGCAGCUCUGUGAUUGGUCUGCCAGAACUCUUCUUACCUGGGUGUUUAAAUGAUUCUGGUUGGAAUCUGUCCACCGAAUGUAUCCAAAUGAACCCAAAACUAUGGGACAAACACAAGCCCAAGUUUGCACACUCCUCCUCCCAUAAAUCUUUCGGUACUUCUUGUAAUUGUAAUUUAAAAUUGUCUUUCGGUUAAGUUAGUUAAUUUGAUAAGUAUUAUUUAUAAAAUAAGUCAUUGUUUGCAAGUUUAAGUAUCCUUGUCAUGAAGUAUGUCACCAGUUUAAAGGUGUACCGUUUACUCCUGACACAUAGUUCAGACAAUGCAUGCUUUGAGUUUUUUUAGACCUUUUUAUUUUGUUAUUUUUUGGCAGAUGCCUUUAUUCAAGGCAACUUAGUGUUUUUCAAACAUAAAAAAAAAAAAAAAAAUUAUAUAGAGACACACACAUUACAUAGUGUAAUAACAUUCAGCCACAUUAUGGAGUUACAGUUAAUUUCUUUAGAUAAAAAUAUAAAUGGAACAAUAAAUGGAAAAUUGAAAAUAUGUACAGAAUUUCAAAAAUAUAAAGUGAUCAAAAAAAUCCAAAAUAUAGCAGAGAAAGUGUGGGUGAUGUUUUAGACAUUACCAGGAGAAUCCAGUGUAAUCUGAAAACACAUGUAUCAUAGUGAUAAGGUGGUCACAAAUCUCAAACUGAACGUUCUUAGUUGCUUGUCUAUUUAUUGAUGGUAAUCAUAUAUUUAAGUACAGGUUCUUGUUUAUUUAAAAAAAAAAACCAAUAAAAAAAGCA